GAAGAAGAAGAGAAAAAGAGCAAUAAAGCAGCAGCAAAGAAAAAAGAAAGAAAUAAGCUUCAUUGAUUUUGGGUUUCUUCUUUUCACUCAUACUUUUCAUUUUCUUCUAAUUAUUGAAGCUGAAUCAAUGGCUGGAAUUACUGGAAUCCUAAAGCUUCAAGCUUGGAGUAUAUUGUGAAGAAGAAGAACGAUUUUUCUCGGUUUUUUUUAACCUUUCUGGGUUAUUAUUUUCUUCUUUCUUUCUUACCGGAAAAUGGCAUGUCGGAGUAUGAUCGCUAGUAGCUUAGAUCCUGAAAGGAAGCAGAGUGGAGGACUUAGAACAAAACAAGCUGGAAGAGGAUCUUGCCGUGGAAGUUAGUCUCUGUUCAUCCAUUUUCAAUCUCCUUAAAAGAAUUUUGAAAUUGCAGUGUUGCAAGUGAAGAUCUUUCUUUAGUUGAAGCUGAGAUAAAGAGAGAAAGAAGCUAUGGGUGUUUUGCUAAGAGAAGCGUUGCGGUCUAUGUGCGUUAAUAAUCAAUGGUCUUAUGCUGUUUUCUGGAAAAUCGGUUGCCAAAAUUCAAGCUUGUUGAUUUGGGAGGAAUGCUACAAUGAAACUGCAUCGACAAGCUCAGUUCCUCGAAGAGGUUCCGGACUCGGCAUUGAUACACAAGGGAAUGAGAAAGUUCAAUUGCUUACAAACAGAAUGAUGUUGAAUAAUCGAAUCAUUUUGGUAGGCGAAGGGUUAGUUGGCCGAGCUGCAUUUACGGGACAUCAUCAAUGGAUUCUAGCGAACAGUUUCAACCGCGAUGUUCAUCCACCUGAGGUUAUAAAUGAGAUGCUUCUCCAAUUCUCUGCUGGCAUUCAGACAGUUGCAGUGUUUCCGGUUGUUCCUCAUGGUGUUGUUCAACUCGGUUCCUCACUGCCUAUUAUGGAGAAUUUAGGCUUUGUGAAUGACGUGAAGGGUCUUAUCCUGCAACUGGGAUGCGUCCCUGGAGCUCUCUUAUCUGAAGAUUACAGAACAUAUGAACCUGCGGCUGAUUUUAUUGGAGUGCCUGUGUCCCGGAUGAUACCUACUCAAUCACACAAGAUUCUCCAAUCUUCAGCUUUCGUAGCUGAAACUAGCAAACCACAUUUCAACUCCGCUGGACCAUCAGAUCAUCGAAGUGAUCAGAUGUUUGAAGAAGCAUCCUGUAAUCUUGUGGAUGAACAGGCAAAUCUUGGAGACAGACAACAAGGAGGAUGGCAAAACACAACGGGCUUUGUAGCAGCACCUUCAAAUCCCGAUGCGUGGCUGAAUCAAAACUUCUCUUGUAUGUCUAAUGUGGAUGCAGUAGAGCAACAAGUCCCAUGUGAAGACUCCGGUUCCAAACGCUCCCUUGGAAGCGACGACUUGUUUGAUAUGUUGGGUUUGGAUGAUAAGAACAGAAGCUGUGAUAAUAGCUGGGGCUCUUCACAGAUGAGAACAGAAGUGCUCACAAGGGAGUUAUCUGACUUUAGGAUCAUUCAAGAAAUGGAUUCUGGUUUUGGUGGAACAGAUCAUCUAUUAGAUGCUGUGGUCUCAGGUGCUUGCUCCUCCACAAAGCAGAUCUCAGAUGAUACUUCUGAGUCCUGCAAAACCACUAUGACCAAAGUUAGUAACUCUUCUGUUACCACGCCAUCUCACAGUAGCCCUCAAGGUAGCCAGUUACAUGAGAAGAAACAAGGGACACCGGUCGGGCCAUCACCGGUUUAUGGGUCUCAGAUCAGUUCUUGGGUUGAACAAGCACACAGCUUGAAGCGUGAGGGCAGUCCAAGAAUGAUAAUUAAGAAUGAAACUGCAAAACCGGCUAAUAACCGUAAACGGCUUAAACCAGGAGAGAAUCCAAGACCAAGGCCUAAAGAUCGCCAGAUGAUCCAAGAUCGUGUCAAGGAGUUGCGUGAAAUCAUACCAAACGGUGCAAAAUGUAGCAUAGAUGCGCUCCUUGAACGUACAAUCAAGCACAUGCUCUUCUUACAAAACGUCUCUAAGCAUUCUGAUAAGCUGAAACAAACCGGGGAAUCAAAGAUAAUGAAAGAGGAAGGUGCCUUUGGAGGAGGAGCAACAUGGGCUUUCGAAGUCGGGUCAAAGUCUCUGGUUUGUCCAAUUGUUGUAGAGGAUCUUAACCCGCCUCGCAUUUUCCAAGUUGAGAUGUUAUGCGAACAACGAGGGUUCUUUCUAGAAAUCGCUGAUUGGAUCCGAAGCUUAGGCUUAACGAUCUUGAAAGGCGUCAUUGAAACUCGAACAGACAAGAUUUGGGCUCGCUUCACUGUUGAGGCGAAUCGAGAUGUGACGAGGAUGGAAAUAUUCAUGCAACUGGUGAAUAUUUUGGAGCAGACGAUGAAAUGUGGAGGAAACUCUAAGACUACUUUGGAUGGUAUCAAAGCUGCAAUGCCAAUUACAAACACCUUACCGGUUACUGGUGGCUGUUCAAUGUAACCAAAAAGUAAUUGACCGUACCGGAGUUAAACCGGUUAUGGUUAAGGUGGAUUCAUAUAGAGGUUAAGAGCGAACCGCUCCAGGAUUUUUAGGCUCGCUAUGACUAACUAAAGUCAGUCUGUAAAACAGAUAUGGUUUAUUUUUUGAAGUUUUUUUGUUUGUACAUUUAAAUGCUCCUUUUUUCUUCUCUCUUUUGGGAUUUUUGCGAAUUUUAUUUAUGUAUUCAAUCUCAUUUGUGUGGA